AAAUUCAUUAACUGUAUGACUGCUUUUAAAAUUCCAGUGCUAGGAUUGGCUUUUUAUAUUGUUACUCAGGUGUUGCUGGCGGCAGCAGUGUGCACCAAGGCUGGUAAGGCCAUUGUAUCGAGGCAAUUUGUUGAGAUGACCCGCACACGUAUCGAAGGACUUUUGGCCGCUUUUCCAAAGCUUCUGAACACAGGAAAGCAACAUACGUUUGUUGAGACUGAAAGUGUUCGGUAUGUUUACCAACCCAUGGAGAAGCUCUACAUGGUUCUUAUCACUACCAAGAACAGCAACAUCCUGGAGGACCUUGAAACACUCAGACUGUUCUCGAGGGUGAUUCCGGAGUACUGCAGAGCUCUGGAAGAGACCGAGAUUUCAGACCACUGCUUUGACCUGAUCUUUGCAUUUGAUGAGAUUGUAGCUCUUGGAUACAGAGAGAAUGUGAAUUUGGCUCAAAUAAGAACUUUCACAGAGAUGGACUCACAUGAGGAAAAGGUGUUCCGGGCAGUCAGAGAGACACAGGAAAGAGAAGCCAAGGCAGAGAUGAGACGUAAGGCCAAGGAGCUUCAGCAGGCCAGAAGGGAUGCAGAGCGGCAGGGAAAGAAGGCCCCUGGAUUUGGCGGAUUUGGAAGUUCAGGUGGCUCCUCCAUGUCUAACAAUGCAGUGUCGCUGAUUUCAGAGACUAUUAUUGAACCAGAGAAAACAAAGAGUGCUCCUGUUCCAUCAAGGCCUUCUGGUUCUGGCAAAGCCCUGAAACUUGGAGCAAAAGGAAAGGAGGUGGAUCAUUUUGUGGACAAACUGAAAUCUGAAGGAGAAACUAUCGUCACCCCUUCAUCUGGCAAGAGACCGUCAGAAGUGGCCAAAGUGCUUGCUCCCCCUGUGAACAUGGAGAGUGUUCACUUAAGAGUUGAAGAAAAAAUCUCCCUUACCUGCAGUCGUGAUGGAGGCCUUCAGAAUAUGGAGGUCCAUGGACUUAUCAUGCUCAGGGUGUUGGAUGACAAGUUUGGCAGGAUUCGUGUCCACAUUGAUAAUGAAGAUAAAAAAGGAGUACAGCUGCAGACUCAUCCUAAUGUAGACAAAAAACGUUUCACUUUGGAUUCGGUAAUUGGGCUGAAAAACCCGGAAAAAUCCUUCCCCGUGAAUAGUGAUGUGGGCGUCUUGAAGUGGAGACUACAGACCACAGAGGAGUCUUUUAUUCCCCUCACCAUUAACUGUUGGCCAUCAGAAAGUGGGAAUGGCUGUGAUGUUAACAUAGAAUAUGAGCUUCAAGAAGAAAGGCUGGAGCUGAAUGACGUUGUCAUUACCAUUCCUCUACCGUAAGUGAUGCAAACAAGGCACAACAUUUACAGUGUAAACAUGGGUAUAGCAACAAUCUCAUUCUCUCCUUUUUGCAGGCAACCUAUUCAUAGUGUGUGUUUUUCCUGAAGGUCCAAGUAUAAGGAUGUUCUGUAUUCAGUAUUAAGCUACGACUCCUAUUUAUAGCUUGGAAGAAUCUCCCCCUAGUGAUAUUCUAUGGAUGCUACAUAUUACCAUUGGCAGUAUACAGUUAGGUCCAUAAAUCUUUGGACAGACAACUUUUUU